AUGACGGAAGAAUAUUGGAUUAUAUCUGUUCCUGGAAAAUCGACACCAAGACAAACUUAUGAUGAAGUUUGUCGAGCUACUGAACGAGAUCAGUUAUCAGUUAACUAUAUACUCAAUAUUCCUGAUUUAAAGGUUGGUACGCUCGAUUCACUUGUUGCACUUUCGGAUGAUCUUGCUAAGCUAGAUCAUUAUAUUGAAGGAGUUGCUAAAAAAUUAACUCAAUUUUUCUUUCAUGAUAUUCUUGAUGAUGAUCGUAAUCGUCUUGCAGAAAAUCUUGUUCUUGGACCAAAUGGCUAUGAUCCAAUACGUUACACUACUGAAUUUCAAUGGGAUCAUGCAAAAUAUCCAACCAAACAAUCAUUGAAAAAUCUUUCUGAUAUAAUUGCAAAAGCAACAACACAUAUUGAAAAUGAGCUUAAGCUUCGCAGCCAAUCAUAUAAUUCAGUUAAACAAAAUUUAGAAACAUUUGAAAAGAAACAGAUUGGUAGUUUAUUAACACGUAAUUUGAAUGAUAUUGUAAAAAAGGAACAUUUUGUCUUGGGUAGUGAAUACUUAAAAACUUUAUUGGUAUGUGUACCAAAAGCAAUGGUCAAUGAUUGGUAUGGAAAAUAUGAAACCCUAUGUGCUAUGAUUGUACCACGUACAAGUGAAAUAGUAGCACAAGAUCAAGAUUAUUGUUUAUUCAAUGUAACUUUAUUUCAAAAAACUGAAGAUACAUUUCGACAUAAAUGUCGAGAAAAUAAAUUUACUGUAAGAGAUUUUACGUUUGAUGAAAAAGCAUUUACGAAUGAACGUGACAAAAUUCGAGAACUGGAAACUGAACGACAAAAACUUUACGCUAAUCUUGUUCGUUGGCUUAAAAUUAAUUUCGGUGAAAGUUUUUCAGCAUCAAUGCAUAUCAAAGUAUUACGUGUAUUUGUUGAAUCGGUCCUCAGAUAUGGUUUACCAGUCAAUUUUGUUGCCAUUAUUAUUCAUCCAACUCGAAAGUCAACAAAACGUUUGCGUGAUGUACUCGAUCAACUAUUUGGUUAUCUUGAUCAAUCAGAUAGAUCAAUAUACGACGAACAAAUCGAUAUCCCCGGUAUACUCGCAUUACAGCAAGAAUAUUAUCCAUAUGUUUAUUUUAAAUUAGAUCUGGAUUACAUUGAUAUGAAUAAAAAAUGA